AUGCUACCAGCCGUUGCCCGAGUGAAUCCGCUUUCGAGCGAUCUCAAGUCAGCUGACCCCGCCUUUUCACUACUCAACGGGAAAAAGAUCGGCAGCAUUGAAAUGCCCAAAGAAAGCCUGAAGAUCGCAAAGGAUGACUGGUAUGACUACUAUAAUGUUCGGUACGGCAACAGAAGCCGAGAUGCCAUGGGUUCUGAAGCUGCGAUCGUGUGCUGCUCUGAAUGGUGUCGAGCAGCCGUGAAUGGCAUGCAAACCUUCGGCGCUUGGGCCCAGGGACGCGCUCUGACCCAGCGAGGCUGCUCGGGCGGAGUAGCCCCACUCCUCCGUAGCGACCGACGGACUAUCUACAGUAUUCCUGUCUACUCCGUACACUGCUUUUCCGGAACCUGA